CUGCAGAGCGGACUAUGUGCUUUGCUUUUCUAUGCACGCAAACCAUGAAUAGCGAAAGGGAAGGAUUAAUUUUAGCUCCCAGAUCCUUUGUUAAAAUAAUAACACGAAGAGACAUAUGUUCUGGGUUUAAAAUAAACCAUUCACUGACUUUUUUAAAAAUAAUUAUUUUCGUGCCAUGCUGGAAACCCAAACACAACAGCACCCAGCGCUGGAGGAGACCAACUCGCAGCAGGACUAGUCCCAGAGCGAAGCUGAGCUGACAGGCGGAGACAGGAUCACGCAGGCAACAAGGUCCACGUGCCCGCAGGGAUCUCUGUGCUCGUGCCACCCUUCUAGGUGCUUUGCCCUUCAAUCCUUCACCGGGGCCAGCAGUACGUCAACACUGCGUACAGGGUCUCAGGCCCGCGCGCGCACGCUGAACAACCAAUCAAAUCUUGCCGGGCCGCCCAGGAGACGACGUCACGGGAUUGCCUCUUGACAGGCGUCCUUAAAAAACUGGCGGGGGGCGGGGGCAAAGGCAACUCGUCACACAGACCCAGGCCGGCGGCUGCCGGUUAGGCCGCGGCGCUCUCUCCCACGAAUGAGGUGUAGUUAGGUCCCGCCUCUCGCAGGCGCGGCGGUGAUUGGUCAGUACUGUGCCUGCGCGGCUCGGGAUUGGCUGUGCAGAGCGGGUGGAGCUCCAAGUGGAGACUGAGCCGCUCGAACCGAGGAGCCGGUGACCGGCGAGUGAGCGCGGAGGCCCUGGCUGGGGAGCUGGUGGAUGAUUCAGUGCAUAUGAACUGUCUGAUGAAGCCAAAAAUGAUCCUGAAUCUACAGUGAUAACUAAUUGUUGUUGAGUGGCAGCACAAACACUUCUGUGAUAAAAGAAUGAUGUUUGGAUUGGAGUUUUGUUCAUCUUCUACUCUGGCCUUUGAAGCAAACUUAAAACAACACAGAGUAAUACAGUAAACAAGAUGAGGGACUAUGGAACCUCAGCAGCCCUGUAAGUUUAGAAGGUUUAAAUACCAGUUUGUGAAGACUUUUUGCCAUUCCAGAUGAUCUGCUGGAUUAAACGUGUAAUUAGGAUGGUUUUUGCACAAGUUGGACUAAACAUGGAAUCAGUGCUCUGGUCAGGCAAGUCUUAUGGUUCAUCUCGAAGUAUUGUAAGGAAAAUUGGUACUAACCUCUCUCUUAUCCAGUGCCCAAGAGUUCAGUUUCAGGUUACCUCUCACUCUACAGAAGGAAACCAUUCUAAGCAGCUCAGAGAAGACUCAGUAGCCUCUUUUGCAGAUGUGAGAUGGGUUGCUCAAGAAGAAGGUGAUGUCUCUACAAGGCUCAGAUCAGAAGUCUGGUCAAAAUCAGCUCCACCUCUUCCACAUGAACCAUAUUGCUCUGGAAGACCACCAAGUAGACAAGUAUCCUUACCAAACCUAUUACAAGAAGAGCCAGCCCCCAAGGUUGUGGUGACCAAGAAUGAUGAAGCUCUGCAAAAAAUCAGUGCUUUAGAAAAUGAACUUGCCAGUUUAAGGGCACAAAUAGCCAAAAUUGUAAUCUUGCAAGAACAGCAAAAUCUGCCAGCAGCUGGAUUAAGCCCUACUGCAUCAGCUCCUGCACCAGCGCCGCCACCACCACCACCUCCUCCACCGCCUCUUCCACCUUCUGGGGUGCAUCGGAGUAUGUCUGCUAUUGAUCUCAUUAAAGAGCGGAAAGGCAAGAAAAUAAAUGCCGGACAGACUUUGAUAGAUAAUGGUCCAAAGAAGCCUGAAAUACCAAACAUGCUAGAGAUCCUCAAAGACAUGAACAGUGUCAAACUGCGCACAGUGAAAAGACCAGCAGAAGGCACAAAAUGCAAAUCACCUGAUCCAACUGAUCCUGUAGCACUAAUAGCUGAAGCUCUCAAAAAGAAAUUUGCUUAUCGAUACAGAAGUGAUAACCAAAGUGAAACUGAAAAACAGAUUCCAGAGUCUGAAACAAAGGCAACGUCUGAAAUGAUGCUGUUUGGACCACACAUGCUGAAGCCCACAGGAAAAAUGAAGACUUUAAUUGAAAAAUCUUAACUACUCUUAUAUCGCUACAAGAGAUUAUCCAGCUACUUUUAUUAGAAAUCAAUGUUAUGUAGUAAGUGUCUCUUGGUAUUUAGUGUCUUCCUACAAAACAAACAAACAAACAAACAAAAAUACUGACCUAAAAUUAUUAAAAUCAUAGUGCCUUUGUUUUACAUGUUGAAUUCUAGAGUACUUGUCCCUAUGUGACUUUUAACAAGAAGGUUGAGUUGAGAGACAGUACAAGUUUUUAAACCUAUAAAUUUUAAAAUCUAGCUUUCAAUACCUAAAAUACUAAGACUUUUUGGUGGUGGUUUUAACACUAAUUUAUCUGUACACAUGGUUUUGUAUGCAUGACUGACAGUCUUCAGACAGUUUGUGUAACUGAUAAUAAUGGGAAUGAAGUACUGUCAAGUUACUGUCAGUCAUUUUACUUCUCAUGUAAUACCUGAUGUAACAAGUUUCUUGCACUGCAGCAUUUAGUUUGAGACUAGCAACUUCUGUUCCAAAUGAGAUCUCAUUAGUAUAACACAGCUUUGGCUGGUUUUAGCCUGAAAAGCAUAAACAGCUCAUGCAAGGGUAUGUUUAGUUAAUAAUGAUGGAGAAACAGAUAAUCUCUAAUAAGCUUCAUUGAUUUUACUUGUUACAAAGCUGAGUGGUAUGGAAUAGAGCAUUUCAGAAAUAGCAAGAUUUCUCAAAUGAGACUGCCCUUCUCUCAAUGCAGAAUGUUCCAUUCCCCCCCCCCUCCUUUGCCCCCCAAUAUAUAUAUAUAGCGCCUUAAAGGUGAACCUGAUCAUCUUGAGCAACUGGCCACAGCUAGCUUCAGGUUCAGUUCUCUGUCAAAAGGUAGACCAGUGUGUAUGAAAUAGGGUAGAACAGCAGUGUAGAUUAAAAUACUUCAGACAGAAUGUCAGGGUAUGUGUCUGAGUGAGCAAAUGUGGAAGUCUGGGAAGUUACAGUAGUAGAGAUGAGAAGAAAUGGAGUGCUUAUAAAUGAACUGUAGGGUGUUUGUCAGGAAAAUCUUACUGCUUUCGGAGGCCAUGAUCUCAGUUGCAGCUGUGGAGUGCUUGACACACAAGAGAUGUCUUUACCCUCUACACAGUUAAUGGGGAGGUCUUUUGCUGGGGUUAGCCCUCAGCGUAAAGCAGAAGAGACUGAAUGGUACCUUAUUUGUGCAAACUGCCCAUGGCCCCAAGGUAAUAUUUCAGCGACUAGGGAUAUCCUGACUACAAUCCCUGCACUAGCUCCAGGGAAGCACAGGUGUAGGAGAUCCUAGACAGGCUGUCACUUGAGGAUCACCUGGGGAAAUCCUCUAGGCACCUUUUCAAGCUUUGUCUUGCCUUAUCAGCACCAAGGUGGAUCAUCAGGGGGAAACAAUGAGUCUUUUUGUAUGCAAAUACACUUCAGUUUUCCCAAGUGUUGGAAAAAUUGGGUAGAAAACAUUCUGGCAUUCACAGGACUGACAAGCAGGAACACAACAGAACUAGCUUGGCUACAUAUCAAGUAAACUGACAGCAAGUUUCUUUUGAAUGUGGAUAAAUACAAGUAGAGAACUGGGUCAGCAAUCUCAUUCUGAAGGAACAGUUGGCUACUGGAGUUGUGAUGCAAGUGCUUGUUUGGAAACUUCUUUUUUUUUUUCCUUCAACUACUGGAAAUGUGCAGCAUUUUCCAUCCACCUUAAGUUAUUGACGAUGAUGUGUAAAGCAUGCUAGUCAGUAUUAACAAAUUGAGAUUUAAAUGGUAUGAUCAACAAGGGCUUUAUUUCUGAUGUAAUACUUGAAAGUGCUGUAUUUACAAAGCUGUUAAAAGUUAAAAAAAAUGGAUAAAUGUUUUAACUAAAAAUUCCUCUUUCUUUGCUCUUCUAAAUACUUUGAACAGUAUUUUUUUCCAAAGUCACUUUGCUUGGUCUCCAAAGAGUUAUUUGUAUCUAGUGCUAUACUGAGAUGUACAAAAUAGAAAAAACAAAAUGCUGACUU